CUAUAAAAGCAGCCAUGUUUUACAUAUUUCUUGAUCUUGUUUGUUUUCGCGUGAGGCUAGGCUUUUUGCUUUGGUGCUUUUUUGUGUGUUUUUUUUUGUUUGGUUGCCAUGUCUGGACGUGGUAAGCAGGGCGGCAAAGCUCGCGCCAAAGCGAAAUCCCGCUCCUCUCGCGCUGGUCUCCAGUUCCCCGUGGGCCGCGUGCACCGCCUGCUCCGCAAAGGCAACUACGCCGAGCGGGUCGGGGCCGGCGCGCCGGUCUACCUGGCGGCUGUGCUGGAGUACCUGACGGCCGAGAUCCUGGAACUGGCGGGCAACGCGGCCCGCGACAACAAGAAGACCCGCAUCAUUCCGCGCCACCUGCAGCUGGCGAUCCGCAACGACGAGGAGCUCAACAAGCUGCUGGGCCGGGUGACAAUUGCUCAGGGCGGCGUCCUGCCCAACAUCCAGGCCGUGCUGCUGCCCAAGAAGACCGAGAGCCACCACAAGGCCAAGGGCAAGUGAUUUCACAGGCAUCUGAGCUUCCGGAAACUACCAAACCCAAAGGCUCUUUUCAGAGCCCCCCCUACCGUUUCAAAGGAAGAGCUAACCUCACUGCCUGUAGGUACUAGAAAAAGUGCUAAGAUCUAAGGCUUGGAACAGAAAUUUAUUUUCUUAUACUUUUGGAGCCUGGAAGUUUAAGAUCAAGGAGCCAGCAUAGUUUCUGAUUCUCGCUCUGUUGCCCAGGCUGGAGUGCAGUAGCACAGUGUCAGCUCACUGCAACCUUCACCUCCCAGGUUCAAGCGAUUCUCCUGCCUCAGCCUCCCGAGUAGCUGGGAUUACAGGUUGCAAAAGCUUCUCAUUCCAGAGAGAUGCCAGGAUCCUGAGUGCCUGCCAAACCUACCAAUUCUAAGGAAUAAGUGGAUGGAUGGCAUCAAUGUUCCUGCAUCAUUGAUUGAUUCUGCAUCUGAAAAUCUUUAUAUUAAAAACAGUGUACAUCACGUGUGGGGGCAGUAAGGAGGGUAAAAUGGAGGGAAACAAUAUUAAUCAAGGGAACGUUCGUUGGGGCCCGGCACGUCUGCCAGGGGGCUACUGACCUGUGGGAGUCCCUGAGACCGCCAACGUAGAUGUCUCAUCCAACCUGAGGGAGAGAGUGCGCGGAAGUGAAAGAAAAGUGACAAGCGGAGUCUGGAGGGCUGGCUUAGGCUAUGUCCAAGCAGCAAUUUUAUUUUUGCAAUAUGUUCCAUUAUAUACUUUUCUGAAGUUAAUGUUGUUUAUGCCAGAUCAACGUACUUAAGUUACAGUAAGCAAGUUACGCCCAGUAAGUCAAGGCAAGUAAGUUAUACCCAGCAAGUAAGUUAUGCCCAGUAAGUAAGUUACGCCCAGUAAGUACUUAACAAUUGUAAAUACUUAAGUUAAGUUACAAGGUAAGCAAGUUACAGUUACACCCAGUAAGUUACGGUAAGUUACCAAGUGUAAAUACUUAAGUUAAUAUUUUACAAUGAAGGUAACAAGGGUCCAAAAUGAACACAAUCAAGCAAUAAACCAUAAGGAGCCGAAAGUAGACACAAUGCCUCCCAAGUCCUCAUAUCCAUAAAGUAAUGUCUGUUAAUUAUUUUGAAUAACAUAGUCCCUCUCUCGGUUCCUGCUUUCCCUCAGCUCGACUCCCCCAACCGGGGAUCUGUGUCCGGGCUCAAGCUCACCGUAUGGCGAGGCCCAUUUCUUAGGGGCCUCACACGGGAGUGAUCCCACAGAUCCCUCAAAAGUUCUUUUGAGUACAAAAUGUGUUUAAUUUUUAAUGUAAGUAUUACAUUCACAGGGUUCAAACGAUUUGAAAUAAAAAGAGAGAGAGAAUCCACACCUUAACUUAUCCCAGGGGAUUACUUUCUUUUUCCUGUGUAUCUGCCCAGUAUUCAUUAUUGCUGAUAUCAGUCAAAAAUGAACGAUAGGUGUAAUCUUCACUUCUUUCAUCCCUGGAAGGUAGCAGACUGCAUACACUAUUCUGCACUAGCCCUUUUCCUAACAGUCUAUCUUGGAGAACUUUCCCUAUGAGAACAUGCAGAGCUUCCAUGUAUUGCAUGAUGCAAAUGCAUUAUAUUUUAUGUAACCUGUCCUCUGUUGGUAGGCACUUACUUGAUUUGUUGUAGUAUUUUGCUAUCAAACAGUUCUGGGAUUAUUAACCCUGAUUUACUGCAAAAUUGAAAUUGCUGUGCUAUUCUGCUGGAAUGGUGGUAAGUGAACUGAAAAUUGCAGUCACUCUUGGGUUAGGUUCAAGGUUCUUCUAAAAACUAUGUGAGCCGGGCAUAGAGGCUUACUUCUGUAAUCCCAGCACUUUGGGAGGCCAAGGUGUGUGGAUCAGAUGAGGUCAGGAGUUGGAGACUAUCCUGACUAACAUGGUGAAACCUCCAUCUCUAAUAAAAAUGCAAAAACUUAGCCAGGCAUGGUGGCAUGUGCCUGUACUCUCAGCUACUUGGGAGGCUGAGGCAAGAGAACUGCUUGAACUUGGGGAGGCGAGGUUGUAGUUAGCCAAGUUCACUGCGCUCCAGCCUGGAUGAGACUCGGUCAUAGUUUUUUGUCUUUUUUUUUUGAGACAAUCAUUGAGUUGUUUCAAACCUGUUUCUUCCCCUCUAAAAUGAAGAUCAUGUGUAUGAAUUGGUUGGUGCUCUAAAGAUCAGCACAAAUAAUUUCAUUUUGAAAUUACCUUUAAUUUUAAUUGCACUGUAUAAUUUCUUAAUUUUGAAAUAAUUUUAUUUGUAAUAUAUACAAUCUUAGUAAUAUAUAUAAUACAUUGUAAUAGAAGCAGAUUCCACAAAUUCCACUCUGGCAUAAGGAAAUAAAAGGUAAUGCAAAGGGGGAGGAAGGCAUGUGUUAUCAUUUUUCUGCCUAGGACAUCUCCCUGGUGAAAUUGCCAUUUCCUGCCUGCCUUGCAUAGGAAUUAGGAAACAUCCUCCUGACCUGCCUGCCCUCUUUUGCCUUUUUCAUCUGCAGUCAAGGUCUGGUUUUAAGACUGUCUCUGUUACUCGUAAAACAAUCUGUGUGUCCUGGUGGCUGGGGACAUGCAUGGUCCACUGCUGUCUUCCCAGUUCCCAGCAUGGUUCUGAAUGCUGGGAGCCCACACUGAGAGCCGGGAAUACAGCAGUGGAUGCCUUACUGGCAAACAGUCACUCAGUAAAUGGCUCAUGAAUUCAUGAGGCUUACUCUGGGUGGAAAUUUCAAUUCUGGCCCUGAAUUUUCAGGAGCUGGUGAGACAGCCACCUCAAUCUCCUAGGCUGAGUAUGAAGAAGGGACACCCAAUUUAUUCUUAAGAAAUGCCUUGCCAGGUACUGUGGCUCAGGCCAGUAAUCCCAGCAUUUGGGGAAGCUGAGGCAGGCAGAGAGCUUGACCCCAGGAGUUCGAGACCAGCCUGGACAACAUGGCGAACCCCCUUCUCUACAAAAUAUGUAAAAUUUAGCUGCAGUGGUGGGGCUGCACUCUGGUCUCAGCUACUCAGGAGCUGAGGUGGGAGGAUUGCUUGACCCACGGGGGUCAAGGCUGCAAAGAGCCAUGAUUGUAGCACUGCAUUCCAGCUCUGGGCAAUAGAGCAAGGCAUUGUCUCAAAAAGUGAAAAAGGUCUAUACAAUAAACCUAUAAAAAGCAGGGGUUUUUCUGGUGUGUACACACACAGACAACCCUGCAUAGACAUGCACCCAGGUGUUCUGGAAAAACACAGGAAUCGAGCCAAAAUACUUGACCUUUUGUUCCAGCCCUGCCACUCACCAAGUGUCUGAUGGGAUUAGUUACCUGCCAUGUCAGAGUCUUUCUUCUGUAAAAUAAGAUGAUAGUACCUCCCAGAGUUGUGAAAAACUAUCGAGAUGGCACAUGAGAAAACAGUUUGUUCCUUGUGAAACCUGACAUAACUAUGUGCAAGUUUAUAUAAAGACUAUCAUCUGUUAGUCUAUCAUUUUCAAAUGUGGAAGAAGUGAAUGCAGGAGAGGAUGCUGGGAUUUCUGGCAGAGAUUUGCUAGCUUCCACCUGCAGAGAUGGAAGUAAUUGGGAUUCUUACGCCUAAGUACUAUACGGCUUCUGGUUGCAGUUUGCCCCCAUGGCUAAAUGAAGCUUUUAGAAGAGUCAGCCUGAUACACAUGGAAUGUUGGAUGGUGGUGGAAUGCAACCACACACCUCCCACCAAGUAAACUCCAGGUUCAGAAGCAGCAGCCCCACUUGAGGGCAUGCAUGUUUGUACCUCAGCUGAGCCACCUUUCCAGAAGCACAGGCUUUCCAAACAGGAUGCCCCCUACUCUGCCCAUUCUGCUUUUGGUUCAAUUUGACUUUCUACCUUCAGUGAGGACGUGGAGAAUUCAUCCUGACUGUCCCUGAGCAAUCUUGGCAUAGGAAAGAAAAAUGAGGAAGGCCCUAGGUAGACUGGCCCUAUAGGAGGAAAGACUCAAUGAAAGCACAGAAAGAAACUUGGCAUUUCCUUUAGGACAGUUCAUACUGAGGAUGAAGAGGCUGGGGUUCUGAAUUGGUUGGCCUUAGGCAUGGUCACAGAAACAAGUCAGUGGCUUUUCCACAUCCACACAUUGAGUUAUAUUUCUGCCCUUCACAUUGUCAUUUUCUCUGACCUUCAAUUAGAGACCGAAGUGACAUUUUGAAGCUUUCCUUCCUUUCUGCUCUGUGGCCAGUGUAACGUUGGGGCUGAAAUUGGCCAUAAUGGCAGUAUUUGCACCGUGGGAACUAGCACAUGGCAUAUCAGGGUUUUUUGUUUCGUUCCUCGAGAGCCAAUAAACAUGCAUCAGCACACCACUGCCGUGAAUCUUCUCUGCUGCUUCCUGGGAAUGAUAACCUCAUCUGUCUCCCCACUCCCCAACUCAAUCUGGCACAGGCACAUGGGGUCCCUCCUCUGUUGUGCUGUUUUCCUAUCCAGAAGGGGCCUGUCUCAGUGAUCCCUAUGCUUCUGGUCUGAUUAAAGUUCCAUACUCUUUCCCAGGAGCUGUACUCACUGCAUAUAUAUUUAUAUUGCUUCCCGCCUCAGCCGUUUUCAUGUCUGCUCUCCCAGGUUUAUGAGGAAGCCUAGACCACUCUUUUUGCAGAUACUCACCGGUUUGAAUUUCACCUUCACAGUAAGGCCCACGGAUGGCCAUUUUCCCACUGUCAGAGGGGCAGGGAGGCCUUCUGAGAAAGUGGUCUUGUGGAUGGUGAUGCUGGGAGUGUGAACUGUCAGCAACAGCGUAGCUAGGAAUGCAAAGGCACCGUGAAGACUCAAGCAGAGCUCUUCAAGUGACCCCAGGGACUUUCUCUGGGUUGCCUGGCAAUGAACUGGGAACAACGGAUGCUUCUUUCCCAGUGGGAGGAUCAGCCAAUGUUCCCAGGUGCUGGAAGUUUGGCUUUCUCAGCUGACACCCACACAGAAAAUGUUUAUUCUCUUUAUCAAUUCUGCUUUCAUGCUUUCACUAGAAAAGGAGCAGCCCAGGCUGUGUGUGGGUCCCUUUCUGGAGCACAGCCCCUCUGUGCUUCAGGCUACCCACUUCCUGGACUCAGGGCUCCGUAGGCUGCAGGAGAACAGGCACUGUGUAUCUGCAACCCUCUGCCCACUACUUCCAGCUGUCACAAGCAAUGCUGUGCCUGCUGACAAGACAGGCAGAAGCCACGAGAGGAAUUAAAUUCAGAGGAAGGUGGUGGACAGUGGAAAUGACUGGAUAUAAGCUUUCAUUAAGGGGCUAGGAUUUAACUUUUAAACCAUUAUUCCAAUCACCUUGUAUCUCGUCUUCUCAAAUGCUCUUAGUGAGGUCACAAACGCAUAGCUCCCUCUGUGAUUUUCCGUUUAUGCCCCCUUUCUGUCGUCCAUUGUUUGCCCACUAUCUCUCUUUCCUCUCCAUUUAACAUUAGCUAUUUUUAAAGGAGCACUGUAGAACAGUUUCCUUCCUAUUUUGCACUGGGUAGUGUUGAAAUAUGCGGAGGUCCUACUGCCAUAUGCCACAGAUGCCACAUGCCACAGAUGCCACAGUAGCACUCAGUGGUGCAGGACCUAAGAGUUGAGCUUCUGGUUUCUGGUGGGCCCACAUGUGUUCAUGCUACAGAACUUGUGAAUCAGUCCUCUGUCUUUGUGAUUACAAACCAGACUGCUUGGGUCUAACUUUUAGAUCAGAAGCUGUGUCUCAAGAUGAGAUCGCUAUUCCUUGUUGCCCAAAUUUAUUAUGGUUUUCUAUACUAUCUAAACUGCAUGUAAUCGAUCCAUUUCUAAGCUCCUUCACAUGAUUCAAUUCUUUCCAGGGCUGUUAGACCAAAGGCCUCAGAUCCCUAUGUGGGCCUCUCCACAGGACAGUGCACCACAUGGCUGACUUUAUUCCAAAAGAAUGAGCAAGUGAGAGGGCACAAGAAAGAAGCCAUAAGUGUUGGGGUCCAGCACAUCUGCUGGGGGGGCUACCGACCUGGGGGAGUCCCCGAGACCGCCAACGUAGAUGUCUCGUUCAACCUGAGGGAGGAGUGCGCGGAGGUGAAAGAAAAUAGUAAAGUGGAGUCUGGAGGUCUGUGUAACUUAUGGUCAAAACGCAGCAAGUUUAUUCUUGUGGGUUACAGCUUUUAUACCUUUUUUCUUGUUACAUUUACUUUAUCUCAGCAGGAAAGGGGUAAACAGAAAGGAAAUAGAAACUCCAUAAAAAUAGUGAUCAGGGGCUUGUGAUAACUGCUCACAAAGCAGUUUAAGGGGGCUUGUGGUAAUCGUUUACAAAGCAGUUUAUGUUUUUCAAAGAUACACUGUGCUACCAAACAAUGGUGCCCUUAAGGUGGCUUGUGAAUCCUGUUUUCCAUCAGGAGGUAGAACAAAGGCUUAGCUCCAGGGAAAAUAUGAGCAGGGGUCUCUUGUCCCUCUUAGGCAUCUCAGUUGCAGCAAGUUUAUUGCUUACACAGAGACUGAUGGGGACAUGAAAGCAGACAGCACAAUGUCCUCAUAAACUGCAGACCUUUGCUUUGUAUUCUGUUUUUGCCUCAGUGACUUAGCCCACGACCUUUGUCUCAGCUCGACAGCCCUCGAGAUGGGGGAGUGCAGAUAGGUCCAGCGGCCAAGAUGGGGCGAGUAACGCUAACUGUCUCAAGCCCGUGGUGCGAACGCUGCACACAUAACCUUGUGUAACCUAAUCUCAAAGAUGACACACCAUCAUUUUUGACAUAUGCUAUUUGUUAGAAGCAAGUUCCUAGGCACAGCACACGGGAGAGGAGAUAAUGCCAGAGGAUGAACACUCAGAGGCCGGGAUCAUCCUAGAGAAUAGCUGCCACACUGGGUAAAUCACAACCUGUUCAAAACAAGGCAAAAUGUCUUCUUAAUACGACAUCCUUAAAAAUGGAAGUGCACCUUUGUGUUUUCUAGGGCACUUCUAAGUGCAAGUACAGGGAUGCUUAGACAUCCAAAAUUGUAGAAAUAUUUGUGUUUGAGUUUCGGAUUGUUCUAUCACUUGCCCAUUUACUCUCUGAUGCUGCUGUUCCUCAAUGGAAACUACAUUUCCCAGGUUUCCUUGCUCUUGAGUUUCCAGUAGAAUUGGCCAAUGAGUGUCACUGAUGAAAGAUGAUGGUGGGGCCAGAGUAUGUCAGUUUUCCUUUGUUUCCUGAGGCUUCUCCAGCCUCCUUGAUACUUUGACUCCAGUCCUACCACAGAGCCUUUCUCCUGUUGCUCUCAGUUCCUGCCUUUCCAGACUGUGCUCUUCCUGCUUGACUCCAGCAUCACCUCUUCCCUUUGUUCCCAGAGGACGGAGGUAGCAACUUUCUGCUGCAGCUUAUCUGUGGGUUGCCCUCACCCCCUCUCUUGGGUCUCUCCACUCUUUCAUCACCUGUUUAUCAAAUUACAUCUAUUUAAUUUCCUGUAUAUGACAUCUCUAGAGUGGACUGUACUUAUGCCCUGACAAACAGUAGGACUGAAUGAGCAUUGCCCUCUCCUGAGCAACUCAUGUGCAAAGAGCACAGUUGGGAGUUGUUGCCAGUCCUAAAUAUCUGACCUGGUCCUCAUGCCGCUGGAAGUCUAGAGGAUGGUCACUUCUUCCGGAUGUACCUUCACCCCUCUGGGCUCAAGAUUCUUGUUUUGUAAAGUGGAAGGAUUUGUGAUAUCUGUGGUCCCUUAAAUCUCUGAAUAUUGGGAACUCUAGAAUUUUUCCAUAAGGAAUGUUUACGAACGGCAGUCUGAUUGGGAAGUGGUGGAACCAUUAUAUCAGACUAAAGUGGGAAGAAGGCAAAGAAACAGAAAACAUAAAACCCCGAAUUGUCCUUAUUCCAGAAGGUGAGCAUCACUGGUAGAAACUAUGAGGAAAGCUGACAUGAAUCAUGCCCUGACUUCAUAAAAUAAGUGCAUUAUCUUACAAAUCACUUCGUGUUUUUUAGUCCACUCCCUGCUUUGUGUCUCAUCUCCAAAUCAAGGAAGAGUGCUUAGGAAUAAAGUUCUAGCCUGGGCAACAUGGCAAAAUCCUGCCUCUUCAAAAAAUACAAAAAUUAGCAGGGCAUGGUGGCGUUCACCUGUAGUCACAGCUUCUCUGAAGGCUAAGGUGGGAGGAUUACUUGAGCCCAAGGGGCAGAGGCUGCAAUGAACAGAGAUUAUGCCACUGCAAUCCAGCCUGUGAAACAGGAGUGAGACUCUGUCUCAGAAGAAAAAAAAAAUAAAGGAAACAAUUAGGAAAAUAAAAUUUUUUGGUACUUGGGGUAACAAUAAUCUACAAAGUAGAAUUCGUUACUAGAAAAAUCUCAGGCAGAGAGGCAGCUAUCUUAGCUGUAAGAACAUGGGUAAUUAACAUCUUUGGGUAUGAUUUUGUCUGUAGAGUACAUACUAUGAGCUAGGUACUAUUCUAAGCACAUAGUAUGUACUCUACAGACAAAAUCAUACCCACCUCUAAAAACGGUGGUAAGAGUAUAAGGAUUAAGUAUUUGUCUUAAUCCUUAGAAUAACCCUUAUACUCUUAUCUCCAUUUUUCUUUUCUUUCUUUUUUCCUUUUUGAGACAGAAUUUCAUUGUUGUUGCCCAGGCUGGAGUGCAAUGGUGCGAUCUCGGCUCACAGCAACCUCCACCUCCCAUGUUCAAGCAAUUCUCCUGCCUCAUCCUCCCGAGUAGCUGGGAUUACAGGCGUGCACCACCAUGCCUGGCCAAUUUUGUAUUUUUAGUAGAGACAAGGUUUCUUCAUGUUGGUUAGGCUGGUCUCAAACUCUCGAUCUCAGGUGAUCCGCCGACCUUGGUCUCCCUAAGUCCUGGAUUACAGGGAUGAGCCACUGUGCCUGGCCAUCACCAUUAAAAAAAAAAAAAAAUCAUGCCUAUAACCUAGUAUUUCUUCAGUGUUCUGAUUGCUAUUUAUGAAGUCAAUUUAGUUGGUUGUGUUCAGCUUUACUGAAAUUUGAGAGGGAGGGGAGAAGUGGGGGAAACAGAGAAGAAGGGAGGAGAGAAAUGCCCAAACAUGGUCUCCACAUGCAUCCUGGUUUUCAGACACCACGGUGGCCUGAGAAUCAUCAAAUUUCUUAUGAGAUAGUUUAGAGACAGAAGUCAGAAGAGUCGACAAAACUAAAUUUGCCAGGUUAUACAACCAUGAGAAUGUCCGUGAGUAGACUAGGUAACUAAAUGCACCGGGCCAUAUUCAUAAUAUGGAACAGCAAUGCAGAUUAACAAACUUUAUUCAUGGUAAGUAGGUGAAAGUAGAAACCGUAGAGGCAUUCCCAGAACUUGGAUUAUAUGGGAGUCAAUAUGGCAGAUUAGCAUCUAAGAUUGAAUUACUUUAGUCUCCAUACAACAAAUUCGGAGAGUUCAUGUAAGAGCAACCAUGAAAAAGAAAGAUUGGAGCUCACCUAGAAAAGGAAGAAUUCAUAGAAUGGUGAGUUGUUCACUGUAUCUUUUCCACAGAGCAGAAUGUAGUACACAAGUGUCCCUAGGAUAGAAAACCUGACUGAUCAGAGACCACUGCUUGAUAAAAAUGUCUUUGAUUAUAACUCUAUGCUGAGAAAUUAUCUUCUAAUUUGAAUCUUUGUCUCCACACCAGAAAGUAAUGCAAUAAAAACAUCUCUGAUACUUAUUUUUAAUAUAAAAUGUCUCUUUAAUUAUAAAUUGAUAAAGUAAUGGUAUGGUUCAUAAACCUCUCUCAUGUGAAUUUAGGUUUGAAUAAUCAUAGUAACAGAUAUUCUUACCAUGUGCCAGGCAUUGUUACAAGCACUUCAAAAAUAUUAUCUAAUCCUGGCAACAAUCCUACUAAAGCAGGUAAUAGUUGUCAUCUUGAAGUUUUUCGUGAAAUUACAUAACAACUCCUCAAAUCUUGGUGGAUAAUAACAAAAAGGGUUAUUUUGGGCUCACAUUCUAUUUCUGUUUGUUAUCAGCAAUGGCUCUGAAACAUAUCUCCUUCAUAGCGAGAUCCAGGCUGAGAGAAAUUGACAUAAAGGGAUCUCAUUAUGUUCAAAGAUUCUGCAGGAAAGUGGACACUUUACUCAUAUUUCAUUGAGUAGAAGCAAAGCAGCUCACAUGUAAAGACUGAUAUGCAGGUAGUAGGAAAGAGUGCUCCUCAUAUGGAGAGGAAUAUUGUAAACCCAUGUCAAUGGUCAAGAAUAUAUACUACUCCCAAAAACGGAGGCAAAAACAUGAAAGCAAUAGUACAAUUUACUGCAAUAUUCCUGUCCAAAUUUUAGGCACAAGAAAAUUGAGAAAUAGAGUGUAGUAAGUUUCUUAAAGUCACCUAGUAAAUGAUAGAGAAUUGAGAUCGAAACGGAGUAGUACGUCUCUAGAACUCUGAUACCCAGACUCCAAGAUGUCUCAAUAAAUUCUCAUCUGGUAUUCACAGGCUUCUGUAUCUCCCUCCCAAAUUGGAUAGCUCUGAUCUAUGAAACUAACAAAUAUUGUGACUCCCAAAGUUAAGUCAUAAAUGGUAUUCUGACUUCUGUUUUGCUCUCUCUUAAAUCACUCUGGGGAAAGCCAGCUGCCAGAUACUGAGCCCUCGUGUAGCCCUACAGAGGGUGUCAUGUGCCAAGGAACGGAAGUCUUCUGUUGAUAGCCAACACCAGGUUGCUAGCCAGGUGAGCCAUCGGGGAAUCUUCGAGCCCCAUUCUUCAGUGUAAGUCUGCAGAUGACUUAAGUCCCAGCAAAUAUCUCGACUCCAGCCUCAUGAGACAUCCCAUGUUGAAACCACUCUUCCCUCAUCCUCAAAUUCCUGAAUCAUGGAAGCUGUGUGACAUAAUGAAUAUUUACUAUCAUUUUAAGCCACUAGAUUUUGGACAAUAUGUUAUGUAGCAAUAGAGUCUACACAAGAAUUGAUCUGUUAAAACACUAUGCAAAGCUGCCACUGCAGCUUUUUCAUGUGUAAAUCGAAAACCCUUACAUUUAUAAACCAACAAAUUCAUAUAAUAUAAGGGGAAUGGAGAGGGAAAAGUAAAGAGAUAUUGAGGAAACAAUAACAGGAGGUAUCACAGAUAAAGAGAGAAACUGAAAAAGUGAAGAUACACAAAAAGGCCAAAUGCAAUGCAUUCAUUAAACCACCUCUUCCAAAGACAGCGGCCAGAAGUUUGAAUGAAUAGAUGCUGAAAAGAUUGUUUUUAAAAAUGAUUAUAGGUUCAAUGCCUAACUGAAUAGAAAAGUUGCUUCUAUUGCCAAAACCAAUGUAGUCUAUAGUAAAGUUUAUGACUAUGUUGCAAUAGUCUAAUUGUCAUCCACUACACUUACAUUGUAACUGUCGUAAAUUAAACAGGUAUAUAAUACUUAAAACAUCUUCCUCCAUUACUAGUUCUAUGCAUAUCUGCCUCCUAAGGCCAAGGAAACUGAGAGGCAUAAGAAGGAAGAUGACAAAUCCAGUUUCUCAGAAACAUUUAACAGGGAUUUAUAAACAGAAGCCCUGUCUCCUGACAAAUUGGUGAAUCUGCCCACUCACCCUUACCCCAUCCCAACCCCUAGGGCUGAGAGACCAUAGAGAAAUUGCCCAAGGGCAGGAUUAUAGUAAGUAUGUAUUUACAAUAAUAAGGUUGUUUUGACCUUAAAGGCAGGAUUUAUGCCUGCCCCAAAGCCAGCUGAUUUUUGUAUUUUUAGUAAAGACAGUGUUUCACCAUGUUUGCCAAGCUGGUCUCAAACUCCUGACCGCAGGUAGUCUGCCUACUUUAGCCUCCCAAAGUGCUGGGAUUACAGGUGAGGCACUGCACCCAGCCAGCCAGUAUCCAAUCAAUUUUGUUUUCCAACAUUAUUUAAUUUUUAUCUUCCUCCCUCCCUUAAGUGUUACUAUGUUAUUUUUUUUCCCACCGCUAUGAAGAAUCUAUAUCACAUUCUGGUAUUUUGUAUUUUUUCUUUUUACCAUGUAUGAACAGUAUUCUAACAUUGUGAAAUACUAAGAGAUUUUUUUUUUUUGCAAAAAUUUGCAAAACAAAAUUGCAAAAAGAGUACGCAAUAUUUCUUAUUUUCAGCAACUCUUUUCCUCUAAUGUUAAUGUUUUACCUAGCUAUACACAAUUAUCAGAAAUAGGAAAAGAGUUGGUAAAAUAUUAACUAAACAUCAGACCUAUUGAAAUAUCACACAUUUUCCCACUAAUUUUUUUUUUCUGUCUCAGGAUCCUAUUCUUGAUCUCACAUUGAAUUUAGUCAUUACUUGUUUCUUAGUCUCUUUAAGUCUGUAUUAGUUCGGCAGUCUGUUCUUAUAUUUAUGAUGUUCACACUUUUAAAGAGUGCUGAUCAGUUAUUUUGAAGAAUAUCCCUUGAUGAAUUUCCCUUUUUUUUCACUGGAGUGAGUUUAUGUGUUUUUCACAGGAAAUACUCCCAAAGCGAUAAAAUGUCCUCGAUGCAAUGAGUUUCUAAUGCACACAUGUCUCCUACUUUGUGAUGUUUACCUUAGUUAAGGUGGUUAUUGCCAGAAUUCCUCAAUAUAAAGUUCACUGUAUUAUGUAUAUAUUCUUUUGUACUUUGCCUUAUCACUUAAAUGUAUAUCCUGGAAUUCACUGUAUACUACUUUACGGAGAUCAAAGUCAUUUUUGUAGCUGCAUAUUACUGUACUGUGUAAAUGUGUCCUGCUUUAUCCAACAACUCUGUUAUGUAGGAGCAUUAAAGUUGUUUGAAAUAUUUUACAA